AUGGGUUUCCGUGAUCGCCUUAUCAGCGCAUCGAUCUUGCGGGCAAUUUUCCGAUCAGGACCUGCACCAAAUGAAGAUGAAGCGCGUCCAGGAUUGCUUGCGCGCAUCAUAGCCUUCUUUGCCAUCUUCAGCCUUACUCUUUCACGGUAUCGCGCAAAGCUCUUCAAGAAGCUGCGAAACGAAAUAUGGCAGAUUGAAGAGGAGGCGUAUACGGAGAGCUUCCGAAGUCCGAGUAAGAACAAGCGAACAGACCUGGUAUCGAUCGGCGAUCUUGGAUAUUCUGGUUCAACAUUCUUCACGACCCCAAACUCCAAAUACCUCAUCAAAUCGCUACCUCGGGCCUUUGAACAGAACUUCUUCCGCGACCGCCUACUCGGUCCUUAUGUCGAACACAUGGAGCUCAACGAGGACUCCCUACUCGUUCGCAUCACAGACUUGCUAUACUCUCCAACAGCUACACUGGGUUCGGCGCUGGGUGCGGCACCAAGUCACCACAUAAUCAUGGAGAACAUUCUAUAUGGAAAGACUGCAUGCACCAAACACCACCAAGAGCAAUGGGAGACGUACGACCUGAAACCAAACGACUACUUCUACCCAGAACGCGAUGUUGCUGGCGGCAGGCUUGCUUCGGAAAGCGUCAAGGAGCGUCUCAUCGAUGACUUUCCUGACAAAGUCCGAGUGACCAUUGACCAGAAGGAGGAACUCAUUGCACAACUAUCUCGCGACUCCAAAAUCCUCCAGAAUGCCAACGCCGUAGACUACUCACUGUUCCUUGUCCGCUACCCAGCCGAUCUAGAUGACGUCCCUACACCGCCAGGUCGUGGCUCCUCGUGGCGAAGCGGCGUGGUCUCGCUAGAUGGCAAGUGGGUGUAUAGAGCCAUCGUGCUGGACUUCUUCUGGGCUAAGGAUGCGCUUCAGGCACAAACUCUCACUGGUUUGGUGAAGCUAUUUAAUGCACUCAAGUGGGGAAAAGACCAUGGUCCCAUGAGUAUCACGACUACGAGUGACGAGUACAGGCAGAGAUUCUUGGGGAUGGUCGAUGACAUGGUCGAGGCCUUCAGGGGAAAUCCGAAGCCCGGCGCCAGGGAGUGCGGAGGUGUGAAGUGGUACCAAGGACGUAUGAUUGGCUACUUGUCUCUACAGCUUUGGCACAGGAAAAGUGCAGAGAUCGUCUAUGCAUUGAUACCCAUUUAG